GCCGGCGAGCGCACGCAUGCGCAGGCGCAUUCCGUUGGAUAACAGCUGCACGUUGCACCACCCGGAUACGAUGACGUCCCAAGUAAACGAGUGGUACCGCGGGAGGAGCAUCCUCCUGACGGGUGCCUCAGGUCUGAUGGGGAAAGUUCUCAUAGAGAAGUUGCUGUACAGCGUCCCCGAUGUCGGCUGCGUGUACGCCCUGGUGCGGAGCAAACGCGGGAAAUCGCCGGAGUCACGCAUCGAGGAUAUGUGGAAACUGCCGUUAUUUUCGAGAAUAAGGGAAGGGAAGCCACACCUUAUGAAGAAGGUUAUCCCGGUCACAGGAGACAUAAUUUACGACAAUCUUGGCAUUGAGAAACAUUACCUUGAGAAAAUAUACAAUGAGGUUUCUCUGGUGUUCCACUUUGCAGCCAGCCUUCGCUUGGAGGCGCCCCUGAAAGAGGGUUUGGAAAUGAACACAAGAGGCACACUAAGAGUUCUGGAACUUGCGAAAAAUAUCAAGAAAUUAGACGCCUUUAUACAUCUGUCGACAGCGUUCUGCUAUCCAGACUACGACAGACUGGCUGAAAGGGUUCACGACCCACCCGCUGACCCACACGAGGUACUCCGAGCGGCCGGCUGGCUCUCCGACCACCAACUGGACCUCCUCUCCCCCUCCAUCUACCAGAAACACCCCAACUCGUACACAUACUCCAAAAGACUGGCCGAGGCGCUGGUCAGGGAAUACUACCCUGAAUUACCAGCGGCAGUUAUAAGACCUAGUAUUGUUACCCCUUCAUACAAGGAGCCGACUCCCGGAUGGGUGGACAAUCUGAACGGUCCUAUAGGCCUAAUGGUGGGUGCGGGCAAAGGCGUGAUUCGUUCUAUGCACUGCUACGGUCACUAUCACGCCGAAGUCAUUCCCGUGGAUAUUGCUAUCAACGGUAUCAUCGUUGCCGCCUACAAGAUAGGAUCUACUACUGAAAGACCACCAGAAAUUCCAGUCUUCAACUUGACAACGGGAGACGACAGAAACACGACGUGGAAGCAAGUCCUGGACAUUGGCAAGGCUACAGUGAGGAAGUUCCCUUUUGAGGGUCCCCUGUGGUACCCAGACGGCAACAUACGUUACAACAAGUUUAUACAUAAUCUUUGUGUCUUCUUCUAUCACAUUAUUCCGGCGUACCUCAUUGACUUCUUAAUGCUUAUAUUUGGACAAAAGAGAUUCAUGGUCCGCAUCCAAAAUAGAAUCUCAGUUGGCUUAGAAGUCUUACAGUACUUUACAACCAGGGAAUGGUGGUUCGACACUCACAACUUCAAAGCCCUAGCUCCGACCCUGAACCAUGUGGACUUUGAGGCAUUCCCGAUGGACCUGAGCAUUAUUGAGGAUGAGCCGUACAUAGAAUGCUGCAUGUUGGGCGGAAAGAUGUACUGCUUGAAAGAAAAACUGGAGAAUUUACCCAAGGCCAGGCUUCAGAAUAAUAUCCUCUUCAUCCUGGACCGCAUGGUGACUGCGUUCUGGUAUCUGUUCUUCCUGUAUCUCCUGGCGUCGUACUUCCAACCGGUGAGAGAAGUACUAUCUUAUGUGCCGUUUGUGAGAUAUUUGCCACUGGUUGGGAAAGCCGUUUUUAAUGAAUAAUUAUGUAACAUGCGGGAUCAAAAUAUUUAAUUUAAAAUAUCGCUAAAAUAAAAUAUCGAAACAUAUUGAUAGCACGGUGCCUGUGUACUGGUUAAUUGUGAGUAAAACAUCUUUCUCCUCAUUUUUAGAGUUGAUUUUUGGUUUAUUGACAGAAGUUGACCGAUAGUUGUAUUGACAGAAGCCAGUCUCCAUUGACUUUGAUUAAAUGGGUCUCGAAAAUGUGUGCACUAAUCAAACUGAUUUCAUUGGAUUUUGAAUUACAAUGCCGCAGUGUUAAUAGUUUUGCGCCAGUGUCAAAUCAGAAUUUCUAAUCAACACUGGCGCCGAUUAACUAUUUAUUGUAAGAAGAUCGUUGUUUCAUAUAUUGAUGCGACUAUGUCGAACUUCAUAAGCUCGGUCUUUUUAUUUUGAGGUUAACAUUAGUUAUGUUAACUAAAGUUGCAUGUAAUUUUAUUUUAAGGCUAUUUUUUGUAUAAAUUCCAGUUAAAAGAAAAAAACAAGAAGUUAACCUGAUGUACAUAUAAUUUAUAUGAUUCGAAGUACUUAUUGAUAUUUCAUAAUUAAUCCCAAACCUUGUAACCAUAAGUAUAAUUUUACUUAAUCUCCCAGCCAAAUAAGAAUGUGCAUUGUAAGAAAUAAAUACGUAAUUAUUUUAAUAAAACAAAUUUGAAGUAGCUUGAUUUUAUAUGUUUUUGUCAUCAUUAUGUCUGAAUAGUAGGUAUUUUACACUUUUGUACACUUUUCACCACAGACAUAGAUCAAGCUAGACCCCAUGAGUGUAUGUCAUUCGCAUGCCAAAUUUCUUGGCAAAAGGUUGAUGAAAUAUAUUUUUUUAACUUUAAUUUCGGAUCAGCUGACCGCCAUUAUCCAAAGUAUUAAAAUCUUUUAAUGACCUGGAAUAAGUUGUAAAUAUUCGAAAAAUCGCAGGUUGGUAAACUGUAAUAGGUAGAAACUAAAACAAAAAAUAAACGUUAAGUUGCUACUAAUCCCAUUCCUACUAUAACACGGCUUGGAUAGACUUAGUAUUUAAAUAUAUGUAUUUACUCAUCAUGAUUUCAUGUUUAUUAAAUUAUUAGUAUAAGGAUGACAUAUU